GAGCCAGAGGCGGACGGCCAAUGGGAAAUGAGUGUCCCCGAGGUGAGGGCGGAAGAGGAGAGGGCUAGUUCCGGACGCGGCCGCUGCCACCGCCACCGCCACCGCCGCCGCCAUCUGUCACCUCAGCUCCGGCACCAGUAGCCGGUAGCCUCCGCCCCGUCUGCCGCCUCGGCAGAGCCUCCUUCCGGUCCUGCCACCUCUCUGCUCUGUUCUUAGCGCUAUCUUCGUCCCCCAAUGGAUCUGGUCGGAGUGGCAUCGCCCGAGCCGGGGCCGGCAGCGGCCUGGGGACCCAGCAAGUGUCCAUGGGCUACUCCUCAAAAUACAAUAUCUUGUUCUUUGGCUGAUGUAAUGAGUGAACAGUUGGCCAAGGAAUUGCAGUUAGAAGAAGAAGCUGCUGUUUUUCCUGAAGUUGUUGUUGCUGAAGGACCAUUUAUUACUGGAGAAAACAUUGACACUUCCAGCGACCUAAUGCUGGCUCAGAUGCUACAGAUGGAAUUUGACAGAGAAUAUGAUGCACAGCUUAGGCGUGAAGAAAAAAAAUUCAAUGGAGAUAGCAAAGUUUCCAUUUCCUUCGAAAAUUAUCGAAAAGUGCAUCCUUAUGAAGACAGCGAUAGUUCUGAAGAUGAGGUUGACUGGCAGGAUACUCGUGAUGAUCCCUACCGACCAGCAAAACCAGUUCCCACUCCCAAAAAGGGUUUUAUUGGGAAAGGAAAAGACAUCACCACCAAACACGAUGAAGUAGUAUGUGGGAGAAAGAAUACAGCAAGAAUGGAAAAUUUUGCUCCUGGGUUUCAGGUAGGAGAUGGAAUUGGAAUGGAUUUAAAACUAUCAAACCAUGUUUUCAAUGCUUUAAAACAACAUGCCUACUCAGAAGAACGUCGAAGUGCCCGCCUUCAUGAGAAAAAGGAACAUUCUACUGCAGAAAAAGCAGUUGAUCCUAAGACACGUUUACUUAUGUAUAAAAUGGUCAACUCUGGAAUGUUGGAGACAAUCACAGGCUGUAUUAGCACAGGAAAGGAGUCUGUUGUCUUUCAUGCUUAUGGAGGGAGCAUGGAGGACGAAAAGGAAGAUAGUAAAGUUAUACCUACAGAAUGUGCCAUCAAGGUAUUUAAAACAACCCUUAAUGAGUUUAAGAAUCGUGACAAAUAUAUUAAAGAUGAUUUCAGGUUUAAAGAUCGCUUCAGUAAACUAAAUCCACGUAAGAUCAUCCGCAUGUGGGCAGAAAAAGAAAUGCACAAUCUCACAAGAAUGCAGAAAGCUGGAAUUCCUUGUCCAACUGUUGUACUACUCAAGAAACACAUUUUAGUUAUGUCUUUCAUUGGUCAUGAUCAAGUUCCAGCCCCUAAAUUAAAAGAAGUGAAGCUCAGUAGUGAAGAGAUGAAAGAAGCCUACUAUCAAACUCUUCAUUUGAUGCAGCAGUUAUAUAAUGAAUGUACACUUGUCCAUGCCGACCUCAGCGAGUACAACAUGCUGUGGCAUGCUGGAAAGGUCUGGUUGAUUGACGUCAGUCAGUCUGUAGAACCAACCCAUCCCCACGGCCUAGAGUUUUUGUUCCGUGACUGUAGGAAUGUCUCACAGUUUUUCCAGAAAGGGGGAGUUAAGGAAGCCCUUAAUGAACGAGAGCUCUUCAAUGCUGUUUCUGGCCUACAUAUCUCAGCAGAUAAUGAAGCUGAUUUUUUAGCUGAGAUAGAAGCUUUGGAGAAAAUGAAUGAAGAUCAUGUUCAGAAGAAUGGAAGGAAAGCGGCUUCAUUUCUGAAAGAUGACGGAGGCCCACCGGUGCUCUCUGAAGACUAGCACCAACACCCAUCGUUCACACACAGUGAUUGUCAGCUGCCAGUAGUAAAUGAAGUGAUGGGUGACUUGAAAUACCAAAACAUGAGGCGUGUCCAAUGGUGCUUCUGUGCUUCUUUUCCCCUUUCAACCCAUGUGCCAGAUGUGUGGAAUUCUUAGCUCAGCAUUGAGAGAAUAAAAUGUCACUACCUCUCAUCUUAUGAACAGAAUAAUAUAAUUCUUUAACAGCUGUACGUUAUCUGGCUGAAAUAGACCUAAUUUUACAUGACUCAUGGUAUAAAAUAUUUUGAUGAGAAUUUUUAAAACUUAGGUAACAUUUCCAAAUGUGGGAAGUGUGGGAAGAGAGCACAGAUGUGUUUACAAGGGAGGAUUUUAUAACAACAUGCUGGCUUUACUCACCUCCCUAUUUUGUGUUAUGUCUUUACCUAGAUAUUUUAUUGGCUUAAAUUAGCCCUUAUCAAUUCUUUUUUCAGACUGUGGCCAUGACGCUAAAGGAAAAUUUAUUCUCUUUGAUGGGUGUUAGAAAUGAAAAUUUGGUUUCAGAAUGUUUGACAGAAAUAGUCUUAAGCAAUGUACUUUCUUUUGGUACAUUUCGUUUUAAGAAAAUGAACUAAAUUCCACUUUUGUCAUACUCAAUAUUUAAGAAAAGGGAUCAUGGGUUCUGAAAGAGACGAAUAUAUAAGAACUAUCUAAAUAUUUUAAUUUAACUUUUAAUUUCUCCACACUUAGGUAAAAUGAUCAGGAUAUAACUCAUAAUGUGACUGUUCGACAUUCAUAAUGAAAAUAUAAAUUAUAUGGAAGGACAGAAUAUCAGCCUUAACCACGUUUGACAUAUUUAAUGAAGUUAAAGAAACAAAAUUCAGUUGACACAUCACUAAAACCAUAUAUUUAUUGAUUUUUUUUGAGGGAAAUAUAACAAGUUAAUUAGAAAUAUUAAGUAAGCAAAGUAUGUAUAAAAGCACUUAUGUACCAAAUUAACUAAUCUGAGCUGUUUUGGCUCAUUAAUAGGUUUUAAUACUUUUAAAAAGUAAGCCUUGAACUGAAAAAGCGUAUUGGCCCUGUUAGGAUUGAAGUUCAUUAACCACAGUGUAAUCAUUCCUGCUAUUAAUCAAGGCAGAUUGGAACCACUAAAGAUCCAAAUCUUCUCUCUGAUAAUAAAAAGUAAAAAUCUAGAUACUUUUUCCAUUAGAAACUUUCUCUUUUAACAUUAUUUUAAAAUGCCAAAUAUUUUCUUUCUAGAAGAAUAUUUAUUUUGUUUUUGUUGUAUAGCUUUUAAAUUACAUUUCAGAGAAGUGUGAUUUGGGGUAGAUACUACAUUUUUGAAAUGUUUACUACUCUGAAAUAAAGAUUUAAAUGACUGGUGAUUAUUGGCUUUACAGAAGUUUCAGAGAACCCUAAUUUUUAAAACCAUUAACCAUUUAAAACUUUUUUUAUUUGUCUGACAAAUAGCAGCAAACCGUUGCUGUGUGGCAUUCUUAGAGUGUGCUGUGAACAUGCUUUUUAAGAAAUUAAAAAUGAACAGAUCAUUUUAAAA